UGUUUCUGCGAAGGAAGGAAGGAAGGAAGGAGCUGCCUCUCAGCCCCCGCCCGUCUCCUCAGGCCGGGCCCGCCGCGCCGCCGCCAUGUCGGAGACCUCCAGCGACAGCGACUCCUCCUCCUCCUGCGGGUGGACCGUCCUCAACCACGAGGGCUCUGAUGUGGAGGCCUUGGCCUCUGGAAACGAAGGGCCAAGUGAUGCUGUGGAGCUGGGCUCUGAAGAAUCAGUGACGCUCGUGCCAGAAGAGCAGCAGCAAGAGGAGCUGGUGGCCUUGCAAGCUGAAUCUGGCACAAAUGCUGCUUCGCCAGUGGUAGAUCCGAGUGGGCCCCCCUCCGAGCUCCUCCUGCCAGCUGCAGAGGUGAGUCACGGUGAGAGAGAGAAAUUGCUGGAGGAAGGUUCUUGCGUGGGGGCGGUUAGUGAUGAUUCCGAUAUUGUUACCCUGGAGACGCCUAAGAUUGAAGAACUCGGAAGCCCAGAAGAAGCCUCCAUGGGGGAGGAGGAGGAGGAGGAGGAAGUCCCCAUCUCAGAAGAUUUCCACAUGGGCACAUCUUCUAGCAGCCAGUACACGUUUUGUCGGCCUGAAGCAGUCUUCCCGCCUCACCCGAACGGCGAAGAGUCGAGCAGUGACGAAACCAGCAACGGCUCCAGCCCCACCCUGCGGCGCCGGCGGGCCAAGAAGAGGCUGGUCUCCAGUUCCGAGUCGGAAGAUGUGCCGCCUCCCAAGCAGGAGGCCGAGGAACCGGAGGCCGAGCCCUCCCGCAAGCACCACUUUAGCAGCGGCCUGAACCGCUGCAUCAUCCUCGCCCUGGUCAUUGCGGUCAGCAUGGGCUUUGGCCAUUUCUAUGGUACGAUUCAGAUCCAAGAGCGGCAGCUGAUGGUGGAGAAGACGCACGAGGAUGAGCUGCAGGACAUGAAGGAGCACCUGCUGCAGUGCCAGGAGCUGGGAGGCGACUGUCAGUCACUGAAGGAAGGUCUGGCGACCUGCUUGCUUUCCACGGAGCUGGAGAAGAAGUCCUUUGAGUCGCAGAGGUGGAGCCUGGCCUGGGAAAACAGGCACCUGCGAGAAGCGCUGGAGAGGGAAGAGCAGGCGUUGGCUGUGCUGCAGGAGGAGCUGCGGAAGCUGAGAGAGCAAAUCAGGCACCUGGAGAACCUGAAAGGCUCCGGCCCUGAUCUGGCAGUGACAGAGAACCGGAAGCUGAAGGCCCACCUGGAGGAGGAGAAGCACCGGCGGCAGAGCUUCGUGCAGCAGAAGAAAGCCCUCUUCACCGAGGCCCAGAUGCUGCGGCGGGAGCUGGACAAGGAGCGGCAGCUGACCGUCACCCUCCGGGAAGAGCUGGACAAGCUGAGCUCGCAGCAGGCCCCCCCGGCCGCAGGGCAUCUGCCAGAAGAGGAGAGCCCCGAGAUAGAAGACUUGCGAGGGAGGCUGGAGGAGCUGGAGAGGAAGCUGAGCUUUGAGCAGCAGCGCUCCGACUUGUGGGAAAAGCUCUACGUGGAAGUCAAGGGCCACCAGGCCGACAAACAAGAGCGAGCGGAAAGGCCACCGAAGGCAGGCAGGAAGGGAGCCGGCAAAGCCAAAAAGAAGGGCAAAGCGAGCUUCUUUGGGUCAGUGAAGGAGACUUUUGAUGCCAUGAAGAAUUCCACCAAGGAAUUUGUAAGACACCAUAAAGAAAAAAUUAAGCAGGCCAAAGAAGCCGUCAAGGAGAACUUGAGAAAAUUCUCUGAUUCAGUCAAGUCCACUUUCAGGCACUUCAAGGACACCACAAAGAACAUCUUUGAGGAAGGGGAGAAGAGGCGGCCUGGUGAACAAAGGGAAGAGGCCCCCCGGAAAGCGAGAGCGGGCCCCCACAAGCCCAUGCCCUACAGGGCCCCUGGCAGCCAGAGGGAGUCCCGAGAGGGGCGGGGGGCCAAGGAGAGUUGCCCCCCUCGGGGACCGCGAGCGCCUGAGCGGGGCAGCAGCAGCAGGAGGCAGGCCGUCCUCAAGGGCUGUUCGGGCAUUUUUGACUGUGCUCACCAGGAGUUUUUGAGCCUGUUCAACAGAGUCCUGGAUCCCAUCCGUGCAGAUGAAUUUAAUCAGUUAAUGCACAAAUAUUUGCAGCAAGAGGUGGACAACUUCCAUCACUGGAGAGAACUGGACAGCUUCAUCAGUCAGUUUUUCCAGAACGGCGUCUUCAUCCAUGACCAGAUGCUCUUCACGGAUUUUGUCAGCGACGUCAAGGAUUAUCUUGAAGCCAUGAAGGAGUACCAGCGGGACAGGGAGGAGGGGGUCUUUGAGGACAUGGACAGUUACAUCUACACCUACUACUUCCGCUAUGAGCCCUCCCCUCAGCAGGGGCCCAGCCAGCCUCCGAGAAGGGCUUCUUUCAGCCAGCAGGAGGAAAGACCUUCCUCGAAGUACCAGCAGCGCCACAAAAAAGAGAGAGAAGGCAAGUGGCACAAACCGGGGCGCGCCAAUGGCCGGCACGUGGCGAACGUGGAGAUUGAGUGGGGCCACCUGCCCUUGGAUCCGAAAUACUGACGCUGUGGCUGUGUGGCCAAACACAGCCUGCCCAGGACAGAGGGGGCGGGUGCCCCGUUUGGCCUCCCCCAUGACUCUCUUCUCCCCACGGACCAGCGGGGCUUCUCCGUCUCUCUCUCUCUUCCUCUCCGUGCCCUGGCCUCGCCGCCUUGGGAAAUCUGAAAUUGGUUGCAUUUCUACUAUUGCAAUAAACAAGGGUACGCAGGAGCUCAUGUGUGGGGGUGUGUGGAAAAUGAGCUUCCUUGCGGAUGCGAGAAUACAGCCUGGCUUCAGGCCUGACGUCCAAGGAAUGGGGGGGGGGGGAUGUGUGUGAAAUUCAUCUCAUUUCUGUUCAGAAUCAGCUCAGUCUCGUAAUUGUGUCUUUGUUUCUGUGUUACUGGGGCGGGAUCUCUUUGCCUUUGGGGUGUGUGUGUGCUGCUGUGCUUUCUGAUCAGCCUCCUAACUUGCAUUUGAAAUUUCCUGCACAUUUGCAAACAGUAGAAGGAAACAAUAAAAGACGUGGUUGGCGAAGA